CGUUGCUUCCUCAUCUUCAUCUUCAUCUUCAUCACAAGAACAUUCAGCACCUGAGCGGAGGACGGCACAUCAUCAUCAUCAUCAUCAACUCCUCACCUUCUCCUCAAUGGCAGCACUUUCACUUUCACUUUUGGCCUGACAAGUCUGGACCAAGUACCUCCGCCAAGCCUCAACAUGUACCAGGGCCACUUGCAGGGCAAAGACGCUAGGGCUGCAGAUAAGACUGUUGCCAUGGUCCUGAAGGAGAUACCCAGUAAGGCGUCGUCAGAAGGGAAACCCCUCCUCACGGUGACUACCAAGCUGGUAGGUGAGCAACAAGAGAGCCGCCCUCUUCUCAGUCCAUCCAUCGACGAUUUCCUGUGCGAGACCAAAUGUGAGGAGCUUUCCCGCCCUGUGACGUCCAACACAGCAGUUCUGUCGUCAACAUUGGACCUGCUGGAUCUGAGCGAGCCGAGCAAGCGGAGGACCAAGGACAGGAAGAGUUCUCUUUCAUCGCGGAGCAACAAGCCCAGCAGCCCUCACAGAAAGAAGACCGCCGACACGGAGCUGAUCCACGUGGAGGUGGAGCCGAGCACGCGGACGCCGGAGAGGGCGGCGCUGGACCCGGUAAUGGUGAGCUCCCCGCUGGAUAAAUGGGAAGAACUGAACACCAACCCUGAGAGGAAUGGAAGCAGGAAGUGGAAGUUGGAGAGGCGGCGGUCGUCAAAGAACUCUUCCAGUGAACUUCUGUGGUCCAUGGACUGUAAAAGCCAGUCGGAGCCGCAGAACAAGAACUGCACGGAAGCAAACACCAAAGUGGAGCCCGAGUCGGCGCUCUCCUCUCAACUCAACAGGCAGUAUAUUAGUGGAAGACAUGCUCGCCUCACCAAGGACCAGCGGUGGGGCAGUGCCCUCCUGUCCAGACAUCAGUCCCUGGAGGAGGAGUUUGAGAGAGCCAAGGCUGCUGUGGAGUCCGACACCGAGUUCUGGGACAAGAUGCAAGCCGAGUGGGAAGAACUGGCUCGCCGGAACUGGCUGACGGAGAACGAAGAAGGACAGAUUCCCUCCAUGGUCUCGCCCCACGAGAAGGGUUACUACUUCCACACCGACAAUCCCUACAAGGACCUGGCCAAUGCCUUCGAGGAAGGACAGAAGAAGUCCCGGGAGGGGGACUUGCCCAACGCCGUGCUUCUGCUGGAAGCGGCGGUCUUGCAGGACCCUCACGAUUCAGAGGCUUGGCAAGUGCUGGGGACCACCCAGGCUGAAAACGAAAACGAGCAGGCAGCCAUCGUCUCCCUGCAGAGGUGUCUGGAGCUCCACCCCAACAACCUGGCGGCCCUCAUGGCGUUGGCGGUGAGCCUGACCAACACGGGGAUGCGCCCGGAGGCGUGCGAGGCUCUGCUGCGCUGGCUGAGACACAACCCCAAGUACAAGCAGCUGCUGAAGAACAAGAAGCACCUGGCGACCUCGCCCAAGUCCCAGCGCAGGAUGUCCCAGGUGGCCAACAUGGCCAGACAAGACAGCUCCGUGCUCCCUGACGUCAAGGAGCUCUUCCUGGAAGCGGCGCGGCACAACUCGGACGGCGUGGACCCGGACUUACAGACGGGCGUGGGCGUGCUCUACAACCUCAGCGGCGAGUUCAACAAAGCGGUGGACGCCUUCAAGACGGCGCUGGCGGCGCGGCCCGAGGAUUACUUGCUGUGGAACCGGCUGGGGGCCACGCUGGCCAACGGGGACCGCAGCCAGGAGGCGGUGGAGGCCUACACCCGGGCCCUGGAGCUGCAGCCGGGCUUCAUCCGCUCUCGCUACAACCUGGGCAUCAGCUGCAUCAACCUGGGAUCGCACAGAGAGGCGGCCAGCAACUUCCUGACCGCCCUGAGCCUCCAGCGUAAAAGCGGCAGCCGCCAGCAGGCCCACCAGGUCAUGUCUGGCAACAUCUGGGCCGCUCUCAGGAUCGCGCUGUCCAUGAUGGACCAACCAGAACUCUUCCAGGCCGCCAACAUCGGCGACCUGGACCUUCUCAUGCGAGCCUUUCAUUUGGACAUUUGAGGACACCCGCAAACUCCCUUUUUUCCCCCCUCCGGACCAGAAGGCUCGGAACCCAAAGUGGACUCAGGAGCCCGUUUGGUUUUUUGAAAUGCACGUAUAUAUUUUUUCACCCCAGGUACCUUGGAGCAGCUGUGGUCUUCCGAGUCCUUGAACUGACGGAACCGGAAGAGCACAAAGACAGGCGAAGAUUGUACGAGCGAUGCCUUAGAGAACCGAAUCUCUUGGUUGCACAAACAGAUCAGGUUUUUUUUGGGGGGGGAACAGAAACCUGGAUGGAUUCUGAGAGAAAACCCAAGUCCUCCUACCCGGAGGGACGGACUCUCCCUCCUGCAUGGCUUUUCCAAACCUUCCCCUUUUACACUGGAGACAAACCAAGAACCUGCACCUAAGUGGGGUGUGCAAGCCUUACCCAGACCUAUUUCUACGGUUUCUAGGGCCACACCAAAACUGUAAGGGACUACUUUCGCUUUCUUCCAUCCGGCCCACAGUACCAGGGACUAGACCAGGUCUACAGUAGGGAAGAUCUCCCAGGAAAUGACUAAAAAGCCUAAAGUCCCACAAAACGGACCAUCUUACCCUUUAAGAACCCCGAAUAAGUACCCAAAAACGGACUUACCCUUAGAAGGUUUCUUUCGGGCAACCUAAUUUAUCACCGGGUUCUUUUGGGACCUCUCCGGAUCCCUCCAUGGGGGUCUGAUUUGGACCUUGUCGAUUCUUACAAAAAGCAGAACCCUCAGGCUUUAAACAUCCAAAGUGGGUUCAGCUCGGGUCUUCACGGUAUGGAAUGGCAAACCUUCAUCUUGGUCAUCGUCCAACAAUCUACCCCUUCUAGCUCGAUCCUAACGUCGUUAAUUACAAUCCCCGAAAAGAUCUCCUCAAAGGACAACGCCAGAGAAAUGUUUAGCGGUGUGGAUUUAGGCUAAUUACUGCCGCUAGCCUGACAUGCUAGCUUACUAGCUGGUUAGCUAGCUCGUAUGACGAACUAUUUAAAAUAAAAAUAAAUAACAUUGUAAAGAUGACUAAUGUCAAUUCCGACAGUAGAUUAGCCAUCUAAUCUUUCAUAAAAUGUAGCAAAUUGUAGGGAAGUCCGUUUGCUGCUAGCCUGACAUCGUAGUUUAGUAGCUAUGGCUGCUGGUUAGCUAGCUUGUAUGACAAACAAUUUUUAGAUAAAAAGGUAACAAUCUUGACAUGGCUAAUGUACAUUCUGACGGUGGAUUUAAUGUUUAAUCAUUCAUAAAAUGAUGUAAAUUGUAGGGAAGUCCGUUUGCUGCUAGCCUGACAUCGUAGUUUACUAGCUAUAGCUGCUUGUUAGCUAGCCCGUAUGACGAACGAUUUAAAAUUAAAAUAAAUAACAUUUCAAACAUGGCAAAUGUAAAUUCUGACAGUAUAUUACCCGUUUAAUCAUUUAUAAAAUGUAGUAAAUUGUAGGGAAGUCCGUUUGUUAGUAGCCUGACAUCGUAGUUUACUAGCUAUAGCUGCUCGUUAACUAGCUUGUAUGACGAACGAUUUAAAAUAAAAAUAAAUAACAUUUGUAAGAUGACUAACGUAAAUUCUGACAGUAGAUUAGCCGCCUAAUCAUUCAUAAAAUGUAGCAAAUUGUUGGGAAGUUUGUUUGCUGCUAGCCUGACAUCGUAGUUUACUAGCUAUAGCUGCUUGUUAGCUAGCUCGUAUGACGAACGAUUUAAGAUAUAAAUAAAUAUCGUUCUAAAGGUGACUAAUGUAAAUUCUGACCGUAGAUUAGCCGUCUAAUCAUUCAUAAAAUAUUGCAAAUUGUAGGGAAGUCCGUUUGAUGCUAGUCUGACAUUGUAGUUUAAUAGCUAUAGCCACGCAUUAGCUAACUAGCAUGACAAAUUAUUUUAAAUUAAAAAGGUAACAAUCUUACAUGGCUAACGUAAAUUCUGACAGAAGAUUAGCCGUCUAAUCUUUCAUAAAAUGUAGUAAAUUGUAGGGAAGUCCGUUGGCUGCUAGCCUGACAUCGUAGUUUACUAGCUAUAGCUGCUGGUUAGCUAGCUCAAAUGACUAACGAUUUAAAAUAUAAAUAAAUAACAUUCUAAACAUGACAAAUGUAAAUUCUGACAGUAUAUUACCAGUUUAAUCAUUUAUAAAAUGUGGUAAAUCGUAGGGAAGUCCAUUUGCUGCUAGCCUGACAUUGUAGUUUACUAGCUAUUGCGGUGCAUUAGCUAACUAAUAUGACGAAUGAUUUUAAAAUAAAAGCUUGUAAAGACGAGGAAUGUAAGUUAUGAAUGAGAUGAACUGUCUGGUAACAAAAGAAAUGUAGUAAAGUCAGUUUGCUGCUAGUCUGACGCCGUAGUUUACCAGCUAAAGCUAAGUUAGCCUGCUCGCAUGAUUUGGAAUUAAAACGCUUUCUGGCAAUGUUUCCAUGGCAACAGGACCAAGAGAAUUGCGUCUUGCCUACAGUGUUGGCUGCACGACUAAACACCACUCAAGAUGUUGUCCUUUGAGGGGAGAAAUGUUUGCUGAAACUGAAAGGUGACCAUGAUGAAGACCACGUCCUGCCCUUCCCAAGAUGGCCGCCAUUCCUCCCGUCCGCCAAGCUCGGCAUUCUGCAGCCCUGCUGGUCUGUCUCUCAUCCUGGCGCACGCUUAUGUUCGCUGCGCUCAAACGCGGACCUUUACCAGGAAUAUGUUCAUCUGGCAGACUGGACCAGGACCAAGACCGGGACCAGGACCGGGACAACAAACACCACAGUUCUGAAGACGCACGCAAGCACAAACCAUCAAGUGUCGCGCCGGCACUUCCUUAGCAAACGCCUGAGAUUUAGUUGCGGUACUUGAUGCUCAUGUUGACAACCGCUGGUGUUGACAACCGCUUACGUCGGCAGCCUACUCGAGGGAAAUUAAACUAAUCAAGUUUGGUUGGUUGGUUUAUGUCGACAACCGCUUAUGUUGAUGGUUGAGUAUGUCAACAAACGUUCAUGUCGACAACCGCCUACAUCGACUAUUGAGUAUGUCAGGAAAACGCUUAUGCCAACAACCACUUAUGCCAACAACCGCUUCUGUUGACAACUGGUCAGUUUAGCAAACACUUAUGUCGACAACCACCUAAAACAGAAACCGCUUACAUCGACAAUUGGGUAUGUCAGAAAAUGGUCAUUUCGACAACCGCUGGUUGUUGACAACCGCCUACGUCGGCAGCCUACUCGAGAGAAAUUAGACCAAUCAAGUUUGGUUGGGUGGUUUAUGUUGACAACCGCUUAUGUUGACGGUUGAGUAUUUCAGCAAACGUUCAUGUCGACGACCGCCUACAUCGACUAUUGAAUAUGUCAGAAAAACGCUUAUGCCAACAACCACUUAUGUCAACAACCGCUUCUGUUGACAACUGGUUAGUUUAGCAAACACAUAUGUCGACAACCACCUAAAACAGAAACUGCUUACAUCGACAAUUGGGUAUGUCAGAAAAUGGUCAUGUCGACAACCGCUGGUGUUGACAACCGCCUACGUCAGCAGCCUACUCGAGGGAAAUUAAACAAAUUAAGUUUGGUCAGUUGGUUAUGCCGACAACCGCUUAUGUUGACGAUUGAGUAUGUCAGCAAAGGUUCAUGUCGACAACCGCCUACGUCAACUAUUGAGUAUGUCAGAAAAACCGCAUAUGCCAACAACCAUGUAUGUCAACAACCGCUUAUGUUGACAAUAGGGUACUUCAGCAAACUUAUGUUGACAACCGCUUAUGUCGACAUAAGUGGCUGCCAACAACUGCGGGUGUCAAAAAACACAAAAGACGACAACCGCUUAUGUUAACAACUUAUGCUAACCAGUUAACAUCGACAACUGCUUUUGUCGACAUUAGUAGCUGUCAACAACUGCAGAUGUCCAAAAACAAAAAAAUCGACAACGGUUUAUGUUAACACCUUAUGCUAACAACCAGUUACGUCGACAACCGCUUAUGUUAACAUCUUACACUAACAACCAGUUUACAUAAACAAAUGCUUACGUCAACUGCUUUUGUCACGAUAAGUGUGUGUCAACCGCUGAUGUCAAAAAAAUGCAAAAGUCGACAACCGCUUAUGUUAACACCUUAUGCUAGCAACCAGUUACGUCGACAACUGCUUACGUUAACUGCUUUUGUUGACAUAAGUGGCUGUCAACAACUGCUGAUGUCAAAAAAAUGCAAAAGUCGACAACGGUUUAUGUUAACACCUUAUGCUAACAACCAGUUACGUCGACAACCGUUUAUGUUAACAUCUUAAACUAACAACCAGUUUACAUAAACAAAUGCUUACGUCAACUGCUUUUGUCGCGAUAAGUUUCUGUCAACUGCUGAUGUCAAAAAAACGCAAAAGUCGACAACCGCUUAUGUUAACACCUUAUGCUGGCAACCAGUUACGUCGACAACCGCUUAUGUCAUAAACGUAGCUGUCAACAACCGCAAAAGUUGACAACUGCUUAUGUUAACAAGUUACGUCAAUAGCUGCUUACGUUAACUGAUUUUUCAGACGACAUAAGUGGCGACCGCAGGUGUCAAAAAAUGCAAAAGUUGACAACCGCUUAUGUUAACAGCUUAUGCUAACAACCAGUUAACAUUGACAACUGCUUUUGUCGACAUAAGUGGCUGUCAACAAUCGUGGAUGUCAAAAAAUGCAAAAGUCGACAACUGCUUAACGUCGACAACCGUUACGUCUUCUUCUUCUAAUUGCAUCUCCAGCAGGCAUCAAUUAAACUCUGCAGAUGUUUCUUUUCUUCCGGAAUGUUGUGCUUGCGCUCAGAAAGAAGAAGUUGGUUGGAGACUCUCAGGUGAUCCCAGGUCACUUUGCAUGCUGGCUCCUUUCACGCAUGACAAGUGGGAUGUUUCUUUGCUGUAGGACAGGGGUGUCCAAACUUUUUCCACAGAGGGCCGCACACGGAAAAAUGUAAGCAUGUUUUUCAUUUUCAAACCUUAACAAAAUAUAUGAUUUUUUUUUUUUAUCCUUAGGGCUCCUGGGGAGUCACUAAAAUGUUAAAAAUAAGUCAAAUUAUUAUUAUUAUUUAUUUAAUGCUCACAGUAAAUCUCUAUAUCAACUUGAGGUUGAUAUAAAGUAAAAUAAAUAAGGUUUUAUGCCUUUUCUGUCAAAGACAACUUUGUUUUUUAUAGUAAAACUGAAAUAUGCAGUAUUUAGAUAGAUAGUACUUUAUUAAUUCCUUCAGGAGAGUUCCUUUAUUUAGCAAUUAAAGCCCUCAAAGAUCAAUAAUGCAGGACACCAUUGAUUUUAAUUAUUUAAUCAUUUUUAAUUAAUUACAGUGAAAAGUUCGACAAAAUCCUACUAAAUAUAUUUGAAAUCCGAAAGGUUCCCCACUCUUAAAGUGAUACAUUUUUAUAAAUUUUUAUUUUUUUACUUUUAACACUUAAAUUUCAAGAUCAACUUCCGAUAUAUCUGUCGAUUUUAAGUUUGAACUAUUAUUCUGUUUGUCAAAACGUUGUUUUUAUAUGGCAACCACACAACAUAUGCAAUAUUUUUUCCACAUAAAACAUUUUAAAGUGAUAAUUUUUCAGUAAUAAUUCAUUAUAACAUAUAUUUUUGUUUGUCCUUUUUUUUUUGAGCAAUGGAAAAAAAAGAAAAUUGUCAUUCGCGGCUCUGAUCAUGUUUGUUAGUAUUUGACUCCCUUAAUUCCUGGUGGCACUUCCUGUUUGUUUCCGUUUCCAUAGUUACGCAUUUGUGUCACCUGCCUUUUGUUUUUCACGCGCACCUGCUUUGUGAUUAUCCCCUCUAUUUUAGCCUGGCCUUUUUUUUUCAUUCGACCUCAGAUUCUAGUUUGCUGAUCGAUGCAACAGGUGACUCUGCUACUUCCAAUCGUGGUAAAAGUCUUUUUGUAUUCGUUGUCUUCCACGCUAUUCCUUCGUUUGUGUCCCCAGCUCACAUGCUAGCGCUUUCAGUUCUUUCUAGCUCCCACGCUAGUUCUAUUGGUUUUGUCUUUAGUGCCUUGUGCAAGUCUUUUUGUUCUUAGUCUGUUUUAUAGUAGAAAUAAAUAAUCAUUUCUUACCUUCA